AUGUCGGUGCCCCGACUAGAGUUACAAGCUGCGGUUAUCGGAGUACGGUUGAUGAAGUCGGUACAGGAAAGUCACACUUUGCCGAUCACCCGACGCGUGAUCUGGGGUGAUUCUAGGACAGUGCAGUCCUGGAUUCAUUCAGACCAACGGAAAUACCGACAGUUUGUGGCGUUUAGAGUCAGCGAAAUUCUCAAUGAAACAAGUCCACAUGAAUGGCGAUGGGUUCCGACGCGGCUCAACGUUGCGGAUGAGGGUACGAAAUGGGGCAAAGGACCAUGCUUCCAAACUGACAAUCGGUGGUUUGUAGGGCCUGAGUUUCUUUACAAGGACGAAUCUGAAUGGCCAUUUCAAGAGUCUUCACCACCGAAUACUCCGGAAGAAAUGCGAACGACUCAAGCUCACCAUCGAGUUGCUGCAGAAUCUCUAAUUCAAUAUAGCCGAUUCUCCAAAUAUCAACAGCUGUUGCGAACUAUGGGUUAUGUUUUACGCUUUAUCGAUCGUUGCCGGAGAAGAGCUGAUUCCGAACGUUGUGAUGACAGAAUACUAUCGAGAGAAGAACUUUUCAAUGCAGAAAAUGCAAUGUGGCGGUUGGUUCAAGCCGAAGAGUACUCAAAUGAGCUGUCAACAGUGCGAAAAAAUCAACAGUUGCUACCAGAGCAAGCGAAUCGGCUGGAGAAGAGCAGCCCACUGCGCAAGCUGUCCGUGUUCCUGGAUGAAAAAGGGGUCCUGCGUAUUGAAGGGCGAAUUGGUGCUGCUAAAUUUGUUCCAUACGGACCCAAGUUUCCCGUAAUUCUUCCGAAAAAACACCGCUUUACCGACUUAGUCAUUGAAUUCUUCCAUCAACGUUACGCACACGGGUAUGGGGAAACAGUAACGAAUGAGCUUCGACAGAUUUAUUAUAUUCCCAGUUUAAGGACUCUUGUACGAAAAAUAGCCAGGAAAUGUGCUUGGUGCGCAGUGUAUCGUGCUGUUCCCAAAAUCCCACGGAUGGCACCGCUUCCAGCUGCUAGAGUAACCCCGUACGUUCGACCGUUCAGCUUCAUCGGUAUUGAUUACUGCGGACCCUUUUUAAUUCGUGUUGGAAGGAGCAAUGUUAAACGAUGGAUUGUCGUAAUAACUUGUUUGACUGUGCGAGCCGUGCAUCUAGAGGUGGCCUACAGUUUGUCCAGCGAGUCUUGCAAGAUGGCUAUCCGGAGAUUCAUAGCUAGAAGAGGAGCCCCGCAGGAAAUAUACAGCGAUCAGGGCACCAACUUCGUCGGUGCGAGCCGGGAAUUACGUGCCGAAGUUUCGGCAGUAAAUCGUGAAUUAGCUGGAACCUUCACCAAUCAUGAUACCCAGUGGCGUUUUAAUCCUCCAGCGGCACCACACAUGGGUGGAGCAUGGGAACGCUUGGUACGAACGGUGAAGUCUACGUUGGAAACAAUAUCCGUCAGCAGGACACCUAAUGAAGAAACCUUUCAGACACUUCUGACCGAAGUUGAAGGAAUCAUUAACUCCAGGCCCUUAACCUUUGUACCGUUAGAAACGGAAGAUGACGAAGCGCUCACACCCAACCAUUUCCUUAUGUUGAGCUCUAGCGGUGUAGUUCAGCCAACGCAGUUGCCGUUGGAUGACAGCGGACGUAAACUCAGGACCAACUGGGACCAAAUACGGAGUCAACUGGAUGAAUUUUGGACAAAGUGGAUCAAAGGUUAUCUGCCGAUGAUCUGCCGUCGUACGAAAUGGUUCGACGAUGUCAAACCGGUCAGCGUUGGAGACUUGGUUGUCGUUGUCGAUGAAGGUGUGCGGAACAGCUGGACUCGUGGGAAGAUUAUCAAGGCGUUUCCUGGCAAAGACGGUCGGGUACGUAAAGUAGAGGUACAGACUUCAAAUGGAGUGUUCCAGCGACCGGUUGCCAAAGUGGCAGUUCUUGAUGUGGCUACUAGUGGUAUGGCUGAGGAUGACUAG